AGGAUAAACUCAGUCUCGCGCUGUCUUCUCGUACUCCUGAAGUCUCGCGAGAGUGUAAUGUGCCCUUGUUUCGUCCAUAAUGGGUUACUGGGACCUCGAAGAGGGGAAAGACUGUGUGGAGAAAACAUGGAUUACCACCAAGCUGGGCACCGCUCUUGGGCUGGUUGGCUCAGCAUAUCAUAUUGUGCUAGUCCAGCCAGAAACCUCACUUGAGGCAUUGACCAGGGCAGCAAAUGGCACAGUCACGAUGGCAUCUCUGGGAGCUAUAUUCGGAAUCACUACUUGUCUGAGUGCGCAUGUGAGAGAUGCACCUGAUGAUCCCACCAACUACUUCAUCGGUGGAUGUGCAUCAGGAGCCUUUCUUGGGGCUCGAACUCACAGUGUUAUGACGGGCACAACUGCUUGUCUGGGACUGGGAAUUGUUGCCAUGCUCACUAAAGUUGGGAAGAAAGAGGGCUGGAGGUUAUAUACUGAACCCAGACUGUAAAACCUUAACUAUUGUUAUGUUCAUAUUGUAUAUUGCUUGAAUAAAUCUUUAUGAAUUGGAA